UUGACAGCGCAAUCCGCCAUCUUGGUUGGGAAGAGACCUUCCACGAAACGUAGUAACUGAAUAUUUGGAGUUGAUAUAGAAACGUUCAAAAAUGACUGUCAACUUAGAGGAAUAUUUUAGAACUACAUUUGAGGAUAAAAUCCUCGUCAAAAUGCCAGAACGCGAGGACGACCACCUCACUCCUGCCACAAGACUUCUUGAAAAGAGAAGAGAAAUGUCGGAGGUUGAGCAAGCACUUGCUGCACAAAAAGAGGAGUUUCAAAUGAAAAUGGAAAGCCUUCAACAAAGAAGAGAGGAGCUUGAUAGAAAAGAAUAUCAGCUAAAAGAAUCAUUGCUGAAGUUUGACAAGUUUUUAAAGGAAAAUGAUUCUAAGAGGGCAAGAGCGCUUAAAAAAGCGGCCGAAGAAAGAGAGAUGAGAAGAGCAAAAGACAGGGAAAUUGCCAGGUUAAAAGAGGAAACAGCUACUUUAAUGAAAGAAAGGGAUCAUAUACAAUACAAGUUGGAGAGAAAUGUCAUUUAUCAGCAAUACCUGGAAAAGGUUUUGGAAUCUGCAGAGGAGUUUCAGGAGAUUCGGGAAGUUAUUGCCAGGUACGAUACGCUAACAGCGACCCAUCAGGAUCUUUUGGAAAGAGAAACAAAAAACCAGGAAAAGUAUGAGAAAGAAAAAGGAAGACUGGUAAAAUUUACAGAGGAAAAGAACAAUGAGAUAUUAAACUACAACAACCAGCUUGCACAUUUACAGACGCAACUUGAGAGAGCCCAGAGUGUUGCAGUCAAAUGGGAAUCUCAGUGGACACACAUACAAAAUACAGCAGCCAAGAAAACUCUGCUCUUAGGACGUAUAAAAAUGGCAACCCACAACUUGUUCAUGUUAGUGAACAGACACCUAAAACAGAAUACCGUCAUAGAGCAUACUGAAAAACAACUAGAAAAGAUCCAAGUAUUUAUUCAAGACCUGACUCAAAUCACCAGUGAAAUCAAACGGGCAGAGACAGCUCCAACUAAUGCCACGUCCGCCAUGAGUUAAAAGAUGGAACUAUUUGAUUAGAGGGAGAAUUGAAGAUGUAAAGGAUGUAUGAAGGACUGAUUGAUGCUUAUCUCUCAGUGUGUAUAUAACUGUAUAAAUUGGAAUAAAUUCACUGCUCAGAGGCCUA